AAAUACUCACUCCUCCAUUAAAUGUCACUGCCAAUUGUACUAGAGAUUCAGUGGGUUGCAUAAUUACAUGGCAACCACCCCAUACAAGUCAUGUGGAAGACGUAAAGUGUUUUCAGUAUGAAAUUAACAUACAAAAUAAGGAUGAGCCCAAAGAAAAGAAAAAGGAUCCUCCUGUAAGGAUUGAUCGAUACGAAUUCCAAAAUUACAAUGAGAAAAAAAAAUACAUCCUGAAAAUCAGAGCACGUGGAAAAAACUGUCUCAUAAGCUCAAACUGGGGGGAAUGGAGUGAACCCAUCGAGUUUGGUCGAGGGAGAGAUUACUUUAUUUCUGUGAUUUUAUUUCUGAUAGCACUUGGAACAAUCUCAGUAACACUACUCCAAUAUUGUCUUUUCAAAAGGUAUUGCAGUCUCAAAAGCAUAUUUUCUCCCAUUCCACAACCAAGAGACAAAUUGAAUGCAUCCACCAAUGAAAAUAUCCAGGCAGAAUACAUAAAUCCACCAAAAAAACGUUGUACUGAGGAAAUAACUAUGGUUGAAGAGAUGACCUAA